CUUGAUUCAAAGAUCCUGACCUUUUACCCGUUUUAAAGUUCACUUCCCCCCGUUUCUGAUCCUUGUUAGCUAUUGUUAUCAUUUAUUUAAUGCUUUUUGAUGCAUAUUGCAUGCAACAGCUUAUCGGCACAUGGUUACCCUUGUCUAAACCUCCUGACCUGACUGUAGACGAAAUACCGUGGGUUUGUGACUUUCUGGCUUCUUGGCUUCUAUGCAUCUCAUUCCCUUUUUACGUUCCUAAGGAAUUCGCGUUCUUCUAGUUAAUAUACCAAGAACGCUCUUUUCUCCUCGCGCUGUUAUCAUCACAGCAACCAGCGCUGCCCUGUCGCGGAUUUUUCGCUUCAGCUGGGGACAGCAUGCUUCGCUCCACGACCCUGUUAAAAUACUUUUGUGUUCUUUUGAAAUUACUGGGCCUUUGCAACACUUUUAGCGAAAUAACUCCAUUCCAACCUAUCACAUCUGAAGACCCUUGUCCAUGAUCCAUUUCCUACUUUUGUUCAGUAGACAAGGGAAGGUUCGGUUGCAAAAAUGGUACAGUUAUUUCUCCGAGAAACAGAAGAAGCAGUAUCUACGCGAGAUCACCACCCUAGUGUUUGCUCGGAAGCCCAAGAUGUGUUCUUUUCUUGAAUGGAAAGACAUGAAGAUCGUGUAUCGCAGAUACGCCAGUCUGUAUUUUACUUGCGCCAUUGAUGCGACAGACAAUGAAUUGAUCACACUGGAAAUCAUCCAUAGAUAUGUGGAAAUAUUGGACAAAUAUUUCGGGAAUGUAUGCGAACUGGAUAUCAUUUUUCACUUUGAGAAGGCUUACUUCGUCCUCGACGAAUACUUGUUGGCCGGUGAAGUGCAAGAAUCAGGCACACGGGAAAUUUUAUCUGUUAUUGAUGCACAAGACAUCCUGCAAGAAGCUUCAGGUCUACAGUGCUCACCGUCUUCGCCUCCCUACGCUACUAUACUGCUAUCCGCGCAAAGCCGACACCAGCACUUGCACAAAUCCGUCAACCGAAACAUAUUAUAGUGCGUUUAGCCGCCCUGCACCGAGCCUACCAGUCGCAAUGCACCCGGUCGACGACAACUGAGGGAUUAAACGCAUGAAGUUUUCCGUGGGAGACCA